CGAUCCCAUACCGGUUACCUAGGCAGUGGUGGCCGCGGAUAAAUAUAGAAUCCACUCAGAUUAUACAGCCGACCGGUUGCAGGUGCUUAGAUCGUGCUCAAAAGGUCGCGUGUUCAGCGAGUCGCACUUCGAGCGGAGCGCAUCGAUCCAAACGCCGGACAGCCUGUUUACGGCUCAUUUAUCCCAGCGGCAGGGGACGGCGCCUGCUCACAACUAAUUUAUCCCAGCGCGCCGGAGACGGCGGCACCGCGGACCAAGACUUAGCCCAGCGCGCCGGGGACGGCGGCACCGCGGACCAAGACGAGCGUCGUCAUGAACCGCGCGAAGGCCGAAAGGCAAAAGUCGAUCGACGUCGAGGCGGCGCGCGAAAUACGACAAGAGGAGGAGACGUUCCAGUCGAAAGCUAUAAAAUUAGGAUGCUGCUUCGUGGGGCUCCAGGGCUCCUACGUGACCUGGGGCUUCAUCCAGGAGAAGGUCAUGACGCAGCGCUACGACACGGGCAUGUUCCCCUCGACCGUGUUUUUGGUGUGCGCGAAUAGGACGUUGGCGUUGGUGGUGGCCGGCCUGCUGAGUUUGUACAAGUCGAACGUGCUCCGGCAGCCGGGCCCGCGCGCGCCGUUCUACCAGUUCUCGCCCUGUUCGUUUAGCAACAUCAUGUCUAGUUGGGCCCAGUACGAGUGCCUCAAAUAUGUGUCUUUUCCAACACAAACACUAUUCAAAUCCAGUAAAGUCAUCCCGGUGAUGUUGGUAGGAAAGUUCUUCCACAAGAAGAACUAUCCCCUGAUUGAGUAUAUCGAGGCCAUUGGGAUUACGGCCGGCGUGGCUCUCUUCAUGCUGACGGAAAAGGCCAAGAAGGAGCACGCUUCUGGUGUGGAAGGUGAUACCGUACUCGGUAUAUUGAUCCUCUGCGUCUACGUCUUCUGCGAUUCGUUUACGAGCCAGUGGCAGGAUAGAGUAUAUAAGACGUAUCGCGUGGACCAGUACCAGAUGAUGUUCGGGGUGAACUUCUUUUCGUUACUCUUCACGUCGAUGAAUUUAUUAUGGACGGGCGAGAUGGGUUUAUCAUUGGCAUUCCUCGCGGCGAACCCCGCUGCUUUAGCGAACGUGCUAACACUCUCACUAACGAGCGCGACGGGCCAGCUCUUCAUCUUCUACACCAUUAAAAAGUUCGGGCCGAUCGUCUUCACGAUCAUGAUGACGACGCGGCAGAUGCUGAGUUUGACCGUCAGCUGCGUCGUCUUCGGGCAUAAGUUGGGGGGCGGCGCCGUCCUCGGCACGUGUGUGGUGUUCGGCGUCCUCUUCUACCGCACGAAGCGGAAGUACGACGCCGCGGCGGCGCGGGCCUAGGUUUUUUUCAUGGGGGGCGUAAGACGACC